GCCGUGACACCAUGAGGUGGUCGAUCCUCCUGAGCCUAUUCCUGGCAAUCCAAACGGAAUUGGUUUUAGCUGAAGGCAAAGGCGCAGAACUCGCGAGGAGAUAUGCAUUGCAGGAUGAUGAUGUCUCUUCAUGGAAAAAAGUUGAAAAGGCUGAACAACCGUUGUCCAAAUCUAAGUCUAUCUCAGUGAAUAAGAAAGAUAUUUCAGUUGGAAUACCUAUUGAUUUCGAACUGGAUAUCUGGGGGACCGCCGAAAGAUGUGUGGCGAUGCACAACGACGUGUUCUAUGAAAUAUAUCCAAACAUGAAUUUGACAAGUGCAAGUUCAGAUAAGCAAGGGAAUGCUUGUGGCUUCACACUCCACAUCGGCUGGGAAUACGCUGGCAACUGGACACUGACAGGUUACUACCAAGAAUCGAACAAAUCGGUAUCAUACUCCAGUUUUUACGAGCUGCGCGUGUAUAAGCGAGCAAUUGUGCAGCCAUCUCCGGAGGUCACCUUGAGGUCCGGUUACGCAACCUUCUACCUCCCCAGUGUUUUCGAUAAUCCAACAUCCUGCCAGAUAAAAAAUGACGAGGGCAAAACGUAUGAACUUCUGAAUCCCAUUGACCCAGCUGAAGGCAUUGAGCUCUACAAGAUUUGUGGUGUGAGAAUGCGGUACGAUAAAUCGCGACUAGGCAGAUGGACGAUCACUCAAUCGCGUGGAAAUUACAAUGAAAUUAUGGCGACAUUCAGGAUUUACGAGGCCUUCGACACUGAACGUCCUAAGAUCCAGACACAACUGAUUUGGGAACGCGGCGCUUCUGAAACCUUGGAACUAACCGCACGUGAUGCAACUUAUUGUGACGUGGUGACACCGGAUGGUGUUGUCAUUCCACUCUCUUAUGAGUGCAAAUAUACCCUGAAUGUGACCGAUAAGCAUGCCGGUGUCUGGAAAGGACGACACGGAUCUGUUCACAGUAUGAAACUCGUGGAAGAAGAAUACAAUGUUGAAGUUUGGAAUCCUGAGGCCUUGGAGAUAUCCGUGUCCUACGAAGAUGAUGGAGUCAACAUGCUCUGCAGGACUGGAUUGAGAUCUCUCAGCAACUGCAUGUUCAAGUCGCCCAAUGGCACUGUAAUAUCCCUCCAAGCUGGUGUGGGGGACGGAAACUACGAAUACUAUGGAACUGGCUUCGCAUUAGCCUCACGCAAUCAGCCAAAAAAGAGAGCAGAGUGCGGGCUGAUGAUUCGUAACCCCUCGGCCUACGACUACGGCGUGUGGAAAUGUUCCAUGAAAGAUAUCUCCGUGAGAAAAAAGGAAAUCACACUCCAAGGCCUCAUUGACGUUCAAAAUUCCAAAGGGAAGCGUCUCGACGGUGAAAUUGUUUCGAGCUCACCGGUCUACGUCAAACGCGGAUCUGAAUUUGUGAUUCGAUGCAGUACGAACGCCCCAUUGAAUUUCUGUUGGAUGCGAAGUCCCAAUGGCACUAUGUACUCAGUAACAAAAAACGAAAGAGGUGGAAAUCUUCUGCGUUACAAUGGCGAAGGUCUGUCAAUGGGUGUUUGUGGUGCAGUAGUUGAAAAUGCUGACGACACGCACAGGGGUGAUUGGAGCUGUCGGUUGGGUGUUGUCGGUGCUGCGGAAGUAGAGUCGAUAGUUCCGGUUACGGUCACUGAAUCCGAGCUCAUCUCAGAAAUAGAGAACAUCUCGACUCAUCAAGGAAAAUCAACAAUCCUUAGCUGUCGGACGUUACCUUCCAGUGAAGCAACCAUCGAUUAUUGCCGAUGGGUACGUCCGAAUGGAGAUGGCAUUUAUCGAAAUACUGCAUCGCGUUAUGUGACGCGACAAAAAAAUGACGGAUGCAUGUUAACCCUAAAUGCCGUCGCCGAUGAAGACUUUGGAACUUGGACGUGUCUCGCACGUCUCACCACUGGCUCCGACGUCGAAGUCUGGAGUAAAAUUGAGUUGAAAGAAAAAUUAGACACAGCGAUCGCUGCAAAUGCAACACUUCGCACUGUGGCCUUUGCUCUCCUCGGUGCAAUAUUAAUUUGCGGUAUCUUCGUAAUAAUUGCAAUGUACUACCGAAAGAAUCGGCAAACAUCAACACCAGCCUACGACAUCAACUACUUCUACCCGAAGAAUCCAGAUGUCAAAGUCAUCCCAUUUUUCACCGAUACGAAAAUACCAGAAAAAAUAGCAAAACAGUAGGAACAACGUGCCCCAAUCACCUCUAAUAAAAUCACUCAUCAAUUUUGCCUCCACCAUCCCAGGUAAUAAUAAAAACAAUUAUUUUGACAACUGAAAAAUCCGGAAUUCACUUCGUUAGAGAAUAGCGAAUGAACACAUGAAAUAAACGACCAUUGAAUAAUGAAACAAAAACAAACAGGUAGGGAAAAAAAAAAAUUGGAACAAUGGAAAUUGACUCGAAACUGAGGAAACGAUGGUAAAAAUAGGAAUGAAAAAACAGCGGACUACAUUUUUCAUUUAUAGGAUAAACCGAUAACGAGUUAUUGGAUUUUUAAAUCUUUUGUACGAGUUCUCGAUACAUUUAAUCCCCUGAACUUUUGAUACAUUUAACAUCCCCCUCUCUUCUUUCCUCGAUCGGUUGUUUUCGGUGGGAAUUUUGUGGAUCAGUCUGAGAGAUCUGUCUUAUCUGUAGAAAUCACGUAAAUUACGUGUCUGCAGACACGUUCAGAGAAUUUAAUCCCCGAUGUAAAUAAACGGGCAUUGAGUUCACUUGAGUUAUCCCCUCUGGACAAAUGCUCCCUUUCGCAUGAGGUGAUACGUCGUAACACGGGACUUGACAGUACGUGAUUUUUCAAUUGAAAAUCCGUACACAUGAGUACACCCCUUCGGGUUAUUGGUACGCGUGCCACUUUGACGCCGACUGAUCAUUGUACGUCGAAAUGCUCCGGGGCUAUCCUUCCCACGUUUUCGUGGUAACACACAACGUAUCAACUGCUCGUUGAUUCAUUGUGCUCAUCAGAUCGAUAUAUCGUUCACACGUUCCACACUCGUGUCGAAUAAUAAAUUGAUAAUUUAUAAGGGGGGUCGAUGGAAGGAUUAUGGGUAAAUAAUGGGUUCAUUGGUUUCUCAUGAAACUGACAGCUGUACGUCUAAUUAUGGGAAACAGCCUCUGGACAAUUCGCUCGGAGCACUUUUUUAAUUGCACGAGAUAUUUAUAGCGGGCGUUUCAUUAAGUUUUUAUAGUUUACGUUCAAUAUAUUUUUAAGUGCCUUAUAUACUCCAGGAUGAAUGCGGAAUAUAUUUCCAGAUAAAAUCCAUGGAACAUUUUUAGGAGAUUUUUACAUCGAAUAAAUUCCAGGUUUAUGGAAUGUAUAGAUUUCAUUGUAUUUAGCUCGAGCGAAUUGAUGGAAUUUAAUUGUUGAUUUACAUGAA